AUCAAAUGGGGAUCUUGUUGGAGAUAAAGCACAAGAUGUUGCUGCUCCUAGUUUAUCAAGUAUUGGCUCUGUAAUCAAUGAUUCGCUUCAUGUUAACCAAAAUGGAAGUGCUGGUCAGUCUCAUCUUCCACAACAUGGUAGCUUUGACAUGUCUGAAAAUUUUAAAUAUGGUGUAGAGAAGACAAAUGUAGGAAGCAGAAAGAGGAGGUGGGAUGAACAGCAAACUGACUCCAGUAACAAUAGGCAACCAGAACAGUUAGAAGGUGCUGCUCUUUGGGAUGUUUUUCGGAGAGAAGAUGUUAUGAAGUUGCAGGAGUAUCUCAACAGGCACUCUGCAGAGCUGAGAGGUCUCCACUGUUCUCCAGUAGAGCAGGUGGUUCAUCCUAUCCAUGACCAGGCUUUCUAUCUGACAUCAGAGCAUAAAGCAAAGCUCAAGAAGGAAUUUG